AAUCAUGGCGGCAGCGGUUGCGACGGGUGUUGCACCGGCAACAAUGGUUGAUCAAAUUCCGAGUCCGACGGCUCAGACUUCGGUUCAGGUUCCGGUUUCGAUACCUGCUCCAUCUCUGGCAGCGGUCGCCGAUCAAACACAUCCCAACUCGUCUCUCUAUGCGGGAGAUUUGGACCCAAAAGUGACUGAAGCGCAUCUGUUCGAUUUGUUCAAGCAUGUCGCUAAUGUUGUUUCGGUAAGAGUUUGUCGUGACCAGAAUCGUCGAUCCUUGGGAUAUGCCUACAUCAAUUUCAGUAACCCUAAUGAUGCUUACCGUGCAAUGGAGGCUUUGAACUACACUCCCCUCUUUGAUAGGCCCAUUCGGAUCAUGCUCUCGAACCGUGAUCCGAGCACACGAUUGAGCGGCAAAGGAAACAUUUUCAUCAAAAACCUUGAUGCUUCAAUCGACAACAAGGCAUUGUUCGAGACGUUUUCAAGUUUUGGAACCAUCCUCUCAUGCAAAGUUGCAAUGGACGUGACUGGCCGGUCCAAGGGGUAUGGAUUUGUCCAGUUUGAGAAGGAGGAAUCGGCUCAAGCCGCAAUUGACAAGUUAAACGGAAUGCUAAUGAACGACAAGCAAGUCUUUGUGGGACAUUUCAUCAGACGUCAAGAACGUGCUCGUGAUGAAAACACCCCUACACCGCGUUUCACUAACGUGUACGUCAAGAAUCUCCCCAAAGAGAUUGGUGAGGACGAGCUACGAAAAACAUUUGGUAAAUUUGGAGUCAUAUCGAGUGCAGUUGUUAUGAGGGACCAGAGUGGGAACUCUAGGUGUUUCGGGUUUGUGAACUUUGAGUGUACUGAAGCAGCGGCUUCUGCGGUUGAGAAGAUGAAUGGAAUUAGCUUAGGGGAUGAUGUGUUGUACGUUGGGAGGGCUCAGAAGAAGUCUGAAAGAGAAGAAGAGUUAAGAAGGAAGUUUGAGCAGGAGAGGAUAAACCGGUUUGAGAAAUCUCAAGGAGCGAACCUGUAUUUGAAGAAUCUUGAUGAUAGCGUCGAUGAUGAGAAACUCAAGGAGAUGUUCUCUGAAUAUGGAAAUGUAACAUCUUCCAAGGUUAUGCUUAAUCCACAAGGAUUGAGCAGAGGAUUUGGUUUUGUUGCUUAUUCCAAUCCUGAAGAAGCUUUAAGAGCACUGAGUGAAAUGAAUGGGAAGAUGAUAGGAAGGAAACCACUAUACAUAGCUCUUGCGCAGCGCAAAGAAGAUAGACGAGCACACUUACAAGCGCUGUUUUCACAGAUUAGAGCACCAGGGCCAAUGUCGGGGUUCCAUCACCCACCAAGUGGACCAAUGCCGGGUCCACCUCAGCACAUGUACGUAGGCCAGAACGGAACAAGUCUGGUCCCAUCCCAGCCCAUUGGAUAUGGAUUCCAGCCUCAAUUCAUGCCUGGUAUGCGCCCAGGUUCUGGCCCGGGCAACUUCGUCAUGCCUUAUCCUCUUCAAAGACAACCUCAAACCGGUCCUCGUAUGGGAUUCAGGCGUGGUGCUACUAACAUGCAACACCACAUCCAACAACAACAACUUAUGAACCGUAACCCGACCCCGGGAAUGAGAUAUAUGAAUGGUGCGGGUAACGGGAGGAACGGAAUGGAUUCAAGUGUUCCCCAAGGAAUCUUGCCUCCAAUCAUGCCUUUGCCAAUAGAUGCUUCUUCAAUCUCUCACCAGAAAGCUCCUCUCCUUCCAAUCUCUAAGCUCACUUCUUCUUUAGCUUCUGCUAGUCCAGCUGAUCGCACUCGGAUGCUUGGAGAGCAACUUUACCCACUUGUGGAAAGGCACGAACCACUUCACGUGGCUAAAGUCACAGGAAUGUUGUUGGAGAUGGAUCAAGCCGAGAUCCUGCACUUGAUGGAGUCACCAGAAGCACUCAAGUCUAAAGUAUCUGAGGCUUUGGAUGUUCUCAGGCUAUCUGUUGAUCCACCUGAUCAUGAGCUUGGUUUCUCUACCACCGAUUGAAAUUUGCAAUGCGUUUGCUGAACUUUGU